AUGGAAAAGACAUGAGAAUGUUGCUGACACCAGCAUUCACAUCUGGAAAGAUGAAGUCAAUUUUCGUUUUGAUGGAAAAAUGCAGUAAACAGCUCAACAUUUAUCUCCAUGAGGCUGUUGGGCAAAAUCCAGUUGUUGAAGUUACAAAUGUUUUUGCUCGGUUUACAAUGGACGUCAUUGCAACUAGCGCUUUUGGCGUAGAAACUGAUUCAAUAAAUAAUGAAAACUGUCAGUUCUUUACAACGGUGGGAUCAUUGCUGAAAACAACGAAAGCAAGAUUUUUCCGGAGGUUUCUGGUUAAUUUCUUUCCUACACUGGUAAAAUUCUUACCAGUUCAACUUAUUCCACCAGAUGUAACAGAUUUACUAACAAACUCUGUUCGUCAGUCUGUGGUUCACAGAGAGAAAAAUAACAUAAAACGAAGUGACUUCUUAAAUGUCCUUAUUGAAAGUAAAAAAUAUAACGGUGAAAAUUUGGAAAAAAGUACUUCUGUAUCAAAACCCUCAAAAGGCCUCACCAUAGAACAGAUGACAGCACAAGCUUUUGUUUUCUUCAUUGCUGGCUACACAACUGAUACAUCUGUUAUGUCUUUUUGUCUGUAUGAGUUAUCCAUCCAUGCUGACAUACAAGAGGCACUUUACCAAAAUAUACAAGAGGCUGUGGAGAAACACAAUGGAGCCAUCACUUAUGAGAGUUUACAAGACAUGCCUUACUUGGAUCAAGUUGUUAAUGAAACUCUACGUCUUUAUGGGUCCGGUCAAAUCAUUAUAAGGACAUGCACUGAACGCUACAACAUCCCAAACACUAACAUUCAUGUAGAAAAAGGUGUGCGAGUAAUUAUUUCCUUCUUAUCCCUCCAUCACGAUCCUGUGUAUUUUCCUGACCCUGAUGAGUUCAGGCCGGAGAGAUUCACCCCAGAAAAAGUAAAAGAAAGACAUCCCUUUGUGUUUUUACCAUUUGGAGAAGGUCCCAGAAACUGCAUUGGAAGAAACUUUGGCAUGCUGCAAAUUAAGAUUGGGCUUGCGACAGUGAUUUCAAAUUUUAAAGUUGAUUUGAGUCCAGAGCAAGAAGUUCCAAUAAAAAUUGAUACCAGAAGCAUUGUUGUUACACCUGCUAAUCCAGUUCUAUUGAGAUUUACUCCUAGAAAAAUGAAUGGUUCUUUGAUCUGAAUGGCUAGUUACACUGUCUAUAAUUAUUUUACUGUCAAAAAUAUGUUAGAAUUUUUAUAAAUAUUUUUCAUAUUGUAAUUUUUAUAAAAUUUGUAAUUAAUCAAAUGUAUUCUAUAGAGCUACAUAAUAAAAUGUAUUAUGCAGAGCUUGCAGUGGAGAAAACAGUGUGUCAGACUAGGCACUUAAAUGAAGACAUGUGCUUAAACAAGAAACCUAUCUAAGAUGUCAUUCUCAUCAAGUAAUACUCAGUUUUUUUUAAACACAAUAUUUCUCAAACAAGAUUGACGUUUCAUACAAAAAGCUUGGAAAAUCAUUGGAAAUAAUGCAAAUUAUGCAUGUUGUUUAUUAAAAUACAUGUUGAUUAUUUUUACUAUAAAAAAAUCUGUGAAACUUAUUAGUUAUGGCAAUUGUGUACUUAUACAUGUACUAUGUAAGUGAUUUUUUUGACAAUUAUAUCUUUCUUAUCAAAAUA